AUGUUAACCAAUUGCUUUAAUAUAUGUGAUUACAUACAAACGAAUGGCACGUAUAAUGGCAUUCAAAUACACCGCGAUUUUGAAGUGUUGCCCGAAUGGGAAAGAAGACCAUGGUGGGGCGAGCGUUUUCAUUUCAAACAUUCGUACCGAACGCAUCAUGUGAUGCAUUCUAAACAGUUUUACUGGAAAUUUGUCAUACCCGAUAACAAUAUUGAAUCCACAUGGUUUGAUAUAUACGAACCAAAUGGUCCAAAGGUACAUGAUAACUAUAACAAUCAAACCUGGAUCAAUGUGUUUUCGGGUUUCAUCUCAUCUCCGGGCACUGGUCUCUGGAAAGGGUCUGAAAUCAGUUAUCGAUGCGAUAUCUAUGAUUCGUCCAAUAACGUAAGCGAAACAAAAUUGACAACACGAUGCACAAUGGAUUCGACCUACUAUAGCAUUAUGUACGUGUUGGACACAAAUACGCUGACAAACAAAGACACAACCAUGUUUUUACCGUACUUUUACGCUUAUGCGAUCUUAAACAAUCCGCACGCCUUUGACAUCCCAUUAUUUUUGACCAUGUUGCCAGAUUAUUUGAAGGCACAGUUGGAAAGUAUUGUUGAAUACGAUUUGGGUCUUACCUUCAGGGGACAUAUGCUGUGGUUUAAUAUCAACGGCCGACCCAUGUAUUGCUUCACACCUUUAGGCAAACCACUGUCCAAACAAUGCUCUUUAGCUGAUAAUAUGAAACCGUUUGCCGAUUAUUGCUUUAAUGCUAAAAAUAAUAUUGCCGAUCAAAAAACGUGCCAACAUUUCAUAACCAAUGACACCUACAGUGGUGUCCAUAUGUAUCGGCACUGGUAUAGGGAUUACAGGCGUCGAGUAGUUUUCAGAUAUAAGUUAUACACAGGAAUGGGACGGGAAGUGGACGUUGUGUUAGAGCGAACUGACACAACACAUCGACUUAUUAUUAAACAGAUGCAAACAUAUCACGAUUCUAACAACGAUAUAAUAUCCGAGGAUACGUUGUGUUUAGGGGGAAAACCAAUUAUAAUUAGCUCACAUCCGGACGGUUUGCGACAAAAUGAGUUAUACAUAUUCAUUGUGGACCGGAAUACUGGUUCCAUCACUGUUUUGAACGUUGCACUAAAUAAUGAGAAAUCACCACAAAUUAAAUUGAUUAAUGACAGAUUGUGUGCUGACAGUCAAUCAAUGUAUUGCAAGCCACCGGAGUUUGUCAACCAAUUAUCGGCUAUUGGUUUGUUAGGACAGUUGGAGUCCGCCAUCGAUUACCGACUGUAUGACGAGUCCGGAUAUAUGCUAUGGUUUAACAUUUCCGGUCAACCCAUGUAUUGUUUCACACCCUAUGGACAGUGCCUCUCGAUUCAGUGCUCUUCUGGCUAUAAUAUGAUACUUAUUAGAGAGUCAAACCCGUAUGACAGAAGCAGCUAUAUUUGCGAUAUUGAUGAAUUGUCAACUGAAACCGCAGCCUCGCAUUUAUUAAUCAAAUGUGAAGUUUAUGACGGGGGGCAAAGUCACAAACUCGUUCCCCUGAGGGAACAUAACAUCAAACACCCGCAAUUGCAGUUUAACGCUUAUGGCGUUAUAUUCAGCCCAACGGUUAUCACCAAGCCAGAUUCUCUGCCAAAAGAUACAUUUCAUAGUUAUCUAAGAGUGUUUGACACGAAUACUCUGACAAGUGAACUGAUCAGGGUCAAUUACUACAUAGAAGAAGUUUGGCGUAUGAUAUAUGUUGCCAAACCGCAUUUCUAUAUUGAUUUGGCUAACGAUGAUAAUAUGUGGGAAUGGCGCCCUCAUCAAAUGCCACUAUUUCUAACCAUGUUGUCCAACAAUUUAAAGGCACAGUUGGAGGGUAUUGUUGAUUACGAUUUGGGGCCACACAAUAGGGGACAUAUGCUAUGGUUUAAUAUCAACGGCCGACCCAUGUAUUGCUUCACACCUGAAGGCAAACGACUGUCCAAACAAAAAGGUUGCACUAAAACGUGCCAACAUAUCAGGUCUAAUGACAUCUACAGUGGUGUCCAAAUGUAUCGACACUGGUAUAGGGAUCACAGGCGUCGAGUGGUCUUUACAUUCAGGUUGUCUACAGGAAUGGGACGGGAAAUGAACGUUGUGUUAGAGCGGACUAACACAACACACAUUACAGCUAUUAUUACAGAAUUGAUACAUUCAAGCGAUAACACCGACAUUAUUUUCGAGGGUUAUUUCCCAAAUUAUGAAAACAGCACGUACAUUUACUACAUGUAUAAAUGCUACGCGCAAUACACUUCAGACAUACCGUUAAACCCACACCCGAGUGUUUUACGAAAGCGUGAAUCGUAUGUAUUUAUUGUGGACAAGAGUACCCAUACUGUGACUGGACUGAGCGUUGAUGUGAAUGAUAUGACCGGUGGAAAUGCUCCGCGUAUUACACGUGUUGAUCAAAUAUGGUGUCGAAACAAACGGUCGAUCUAUUGUAUGCGUCCGGCGUUUGUCCGCCAAUUAUCGGCCGCUGGUUUGUUGACACACUUGGAGUCCGCCAUCGAUUACCAGAUGUACGACGAGUCCGGAUUUAUGCUAUGGUUUAACAUUUCCGGUCAACCCAUGUAUUGUUUCACACGCUAUGAACAGCCCCUCUCACCACAGUGCUCUUCCAUCGAUCGUAUGAUACCUUACGUCCAAAAAUUGCAAGAGUGCACUUAUAAGGAUAUCAAGAAGUGCGAUACAUUUGCAUCUUCGUAUUAUGCGAUGCGAUCAAAGCAUAUGUACUGGAAAUUUGCCAUUGACCAUGCACAUAAUGACACCGGUAUCCACAUUAAACUCGAAAAUAAUCCAACAAAACACUCUUAUGACUCUAUUUACACCGAUGCAAACUACAUUCUUAAUCGAAGGCACAUAAUUACGUCGAGGGCACAAUUCAACGGCUAUGGCGUAAUUUUUAGCCCGAUCGUUAGUACUCGUAAACAUUUAGAAGACCAUCCUGAUAGUUAUAUGCAUGUGUUGGACACAAAUACACUGAUGGGCCAAGUGAUCAGGAUUAGAUUUUAUCGCACAGGUCCUUGGUCAUAUGAUUGGAACGGUUAUGUUGACAUUUGUACCGAUGCAACCAUGUGCGAUUGGCAUUCCUAUGGGACGCCUUUAUUUUUAUAUAUGCUGUCCGAGGAUUUGAAGGCACAGUUAGAGGCUAUCGUUGAUUAUGAUAUUAGACCCGAUAUGAGGGGACAUAUGCUAUGGUUUAAUAUCAACGGCCGACCCAUGUAUUGUUUCACACCUGAAGGCGAACGUCUGUCAAAACAAUGCUCUUUAGCUGAUAAUAUGAUACCGUUUGCAAAUCAUUGUUUUAAAACUUUAAAUAUAAUGGCAGAUGAGAAAACGUGUCAACAUUUCAAGAUCAAUGACACCUACAGUGGUGUCCAUAUGUAUCGGCACUGGUAUAGGGAUGACAGGCGUCGAGUGGUCUCUACAUACAAGUUAUACACAGGAAUGGGACGGGAAAUGGACUUUGGGUUAGAGCGAACUGACACAACACAUCGG